AAGACCGGUGACAUGACCAUCUAUAACACCCAGAACGGCGCCGGUGCCUGCGGCUACACUCUUUCCGACGACGUUGGCAGCGCCGCCCUCUCCGCCGCCAUCUGGGGUAACGACGUGUGGGGUAGCGCCGAUAACAUCAAUGGUAACCCCAUCUGCAGCAAGAGCGUCACUGUUUCGUACAACGGAAAAUCUAUCACCGUCCCCGUCAAAGAUCGAUGCCCGGUCUGCGCGGCAAAUGAUGUCGACCUCACUCCUGCUGCCUGGAACUACCUCACGGGUAACGCUGCCCCUGGACGCGAAAAGGUUACCUGGACCUUCUCUUAG